AAUUGAGCUCAACAGAAUUUCUUCACGCGCAAACAAAACAAGACUAAGCUGAUUAUUACAGCGAUUGAGAUUUAGGCAAAUCAAGCCAUUACAUUUAUUUUACAGAACAAUUUCUUGAUAAAUAUCCCAAAGUCUAAAACAUGUUUGAAUGAAAGUUUUAUAUUGUUAUGUGUUUACUAUGCAUUGGCUCAUGCUUUUUUCCAAACAUAAAUGUGACUGAGCCAUUCUUUGAGUUGCCUGGACUCUGACUGAUGUAGAAAAUCAGCUCACAGGCUUUGCAUGGUUUGUGUGUCAGUGGGGCAGGUGUGUGUCCUGAUCUGUGGGCUCCCUGGUCGGGUUGUCCAGAAGCGGGAUGGACCAACAUUCCAGCUCGGGCAAACGCAUUCGUAAGCCCUCCCUAUUGUAUGAGGACUUCGAGAGCCCCUCUCUGCCGCACAAUAUGACCCAGGGACCCCCCGUCCCACCGCAGCCCCCAGUCAAGGAUCCCGUCCGGCCAGGCCGAUUGACCAACCAGCUGCAGUACCUCCAGAAGACCCUGAUAAAGUCCCUUUGGAGGCACCACUUUGCUUGGCCUUUCCAUGAGCCUGUGGAUGCCUACAGGCUUAACCUACCAGAUUACCAUAAAAUUAUCAAACAGCCCAUGGACAUGGGGACCAUAAAAAAGCGUCUAGAGAACAACUUCUACCGCAGUGCCAGUGAGUGCAUACAGGACUUCAGCACAAUGUUCACCAACUGUUACAUUUACAACAAGCCGACAGACGACAUUGUGCUGAUGGCCCAGUCCCUGGAGAAGAUCUUUCUCCAGAAGGUGGCCCAGAUGCCCCAGGAGGAAGUCGAGCUUCCUCCUCCAGCUCCUCGAAACAAAAACAACAGGGGAAGAGGUCGCAAUUCCAAUGCUUCUAGGGCUCAGCAGGUGCCAGCGGUGUCACAGUCGGCCUACUCCCCUUCUUCCUCAGACACUGGGGAUUCAAUAGCCAACUCUCCCCAGACUAUGCUGACCAAAAGCCUGCCUCCAGCCAACAUCAUGGGCCUGCCCCCUACACAGCCCACAACCAAGAAGAAAGGUGUUAAAAGAAAGGCGGACACCACCACCCCCUCCACCAUGGGCUUAACCGUGGGCAUUUCAGGCGUGGGCAUGUCUGGAGCAACCCACAUGGUAGGUCUAGGGAAAGGAGGACACGGCGGCCAAGUACACGACCCCUCCAUGCACACCAUCUCCUCCAUGGGGGGCAUGAGCUUAGAUACUCCGCCUGGGAUGGGCCUCGUCAGGAGCCCCGGAGGCCCUGUCCUCCUGCAGCCAAUGAUGGCCGGCGGUGGACGCAGAGUCGGCAGCGGACGGCCCAUCAAACCCCCCAAGAAGGACCUGCCCGAUUCUGUCCAGCCUCAGGCCUUAAAGAAGAGCAAACUCAGCCCGCAGCUGAGGCACUGCAGUGGGCUGCUGAAAGACAUGUUGUCAAAGAAGCAUGCAGCGUAUGCCUGGCCGUUCUACACACCUGUGGAUGCCACUGCACUGGGACUUCAUGACUACCAUGACAUCAUCAAGUGCCCCAUGGACCUCAGCACCAUCAAGAGAAAGAUGGACUGUCGUGAAUACAGGGAUGCUCAGCAGUUUGCUAGCGACGUCCGACUCAUGUUCUCCAACUGCUACAAGUACAACCCACCCGACCACGAUGUUGUCGGCAUGGCACGGAAGCUGCAGGAUGUGUUUGAGUUCCGUUUCGCCAAGAUGCCAGACGAACCACAUAUGGAUCCUGCAACCAUGUCACUGAGCGGCCACCCGACAUCCUCUUCCUCCUCUUCUUCCUCCUCCUCUUCUUCGUCAUCUUCCUCCACCUCUGAAAAUGAGCCCAGCAGUGCGAGUGAGGAGAGCGAGAGCAGCCCCAGCUCAGACAGUGAGGAAGAGCGAGCGCAUCGCCUGGCUGAGUUACAGGAUCAGGUGUGCACACAACUGCGAGCCAUGCACGAGCAGCUGGCUGCCCUCUCUCAAGGCCCCAUGGUCAAGCCCAAGAAGAAAAAAGAGAAGAAGGACAAAAAGGAGAAGAAGAAAAAGAAGAAGGUGGAGAAGAGAAGUCGUGGUGUCAGAAGCAGAGCCGGCUCUGAGGAAUGGAAGAUGCCCGGCAAGAUACUGAAGAGCAAAUCUGCCAGAGCAGGUGGCUCACCAGUAAAGAAAAGCCAGGGCAAGAAGAGCAACAAGAACAGCAAGACCGCAAAGAAGCCAUUCUGCCCCCCAGUGCCCCCUCCCAUGUUGCCGCACUACGACUCGGAGGAAGAGGAGGAGAUCGUGCCCAUGUCCUACGAUGAGAAGCGGCAGCUGAGCCUGGACAUCAACAAGCUGCCGGGAGAGAAGCUGGGUCGCGUGGUCCACAUCAUCCAGGCCAGGGAGCCUUCGCUGAGGGACACCAACCCGGAGGAGAUUGAGAUCGACUUCGAAACGCUCAAGCCUUCGACGCUGAAAGAGCUGGAGCGCUACGUGAUGACCUGUCUGAGGAAGAAGCCCCGCAAGCCGUACGGCGAGCAAGCAGCGAAGAAAGGCGGCAUCGGCAAGUCCAAAGAGGAGCUGACUCUGGAGAAGAGGAGGGAGCUGGAGAAGAGGCUGCAAGAUGUCAGCGGACAACUGAAUUCUGUCAAGAAACCUGCGAAACCUAAAGCGGAGAAGCCCAGUGCCGUCGAGACUCAAACGCAGCCCACGCGCCUCAGCGGCAGCAGCUCCAGCUCCGACUCCAAUUCCUCGUCCUCCUCGUCGUCAUCCUCGGACACCAGCGACUCAGACUCUGGCUGAGAUCCUCAGCACCGGCUGAGAGCGAAGAACACUAAUAACUCAGGGACUUGGGCUGGCCCAAGACACAACACACCCUGAAAGUGUAGUGGGCUGAGAUAUUAGACACCAUGGCAAAAAACAACAACAACAACAACAAAAAACAUUAAAAUGUUCUGAAUGUGGGACUGAGGGAUGUGAAAUAAUGUCUCUGUGGAUCAAUAUAGAACCCAAACACUAAAUGCCUUGGUUCCCUCCUCCUCCCCUUUGUUAAUACUUGUACAAAUUUAUGUUUCUUUUAUAAAGAAGAAUUUUAUGGUGAUCCCCCAAAGAGGGAAGCGGAGUAAUAAAAAAAAGGAUGUGGAAAGACGGGCCAUACUCCAAAAUCUGCUUUGGCUGGCCCUCACGCCGUGUGAAGGAAAUGGACAAGUCUUUAUUUAUUUGUUUUUCUUCACCCACAUUUCCUCUGAUGUAACCGGAAUUUGAACCAGCAACUGUUUUGGGACACGAGCCUUUUGGCUUUUCGACCAUCUGGCCUUCUGCCACACUGCAUUUUUAGACCAACCCCAAGACUCCGCCUUAAUGAUCCAGAUUGUGAUGGUGAGAUUGAUAGGAAAAAGGAGCUGAGAGAUUCCUCGUCAUGUUCGCAGGUCUAAGAGCUGUUGAUCAGUAAAUAAAAGCAAACCCAUGUUUCCUGCCAUAUUCAGGUUAGACUUCAAAGUUGGUUUGAGUUCCAGAUAAUGUCUCUGUUAUGUUUACAUACAUUAUUCUCAUCAAGCUUCUGAGUUCUGUAUUUUUCUGCCUGUAGUUUGUGUUUUUUUUAUGAAAACAAGUUGAGAUUUAUAAUACAGUAUAGAAAUGGCUUAAAAUACUGUAAUUUCAAAGUUUGCAAGUAAGUUAUAUAUUUAUUUUGUGUUGAUUUACAUGUCUUAACUAUUCCUCCAAAAGCCCACCAGCCAUUUUUAAGACUGACUGGUCUUAUAAAACAAAUUGUACUGAAAGUACUGUCUGUCGUCAGUAUUUAAAAAAAAUAUUUCUUACUUAGUUCAGCUUUGAUAUUGUUGUCAGUAUUGCUCUUCAUCACGUCAAACAGCUAUUCGAGAAUGAAUGUUAUCAGAUUACAGAUGCAGGUUUCUAAUUCCCACAGGAGUCUCCUUAACCGGUGAAGUAUUUGCAGCCUUGCUGUGUUUAUGAAGGCGUCUGUAGCACUCGAAAAAACUCAUUGAUGGUUUCUUACAAAGAAAUCCUUUGGCUGCUCGGCACGUGCGGGAACAAACAGAGUUGACUGAACCCGCUAGAGAUGAAUAACGCCGCAAGUUUCCUACAAAGAGACGGGGAAGUCCUCAUAGUCCAAGCGUAGUUGAAGUUGUUGUUGAAUGUUCAGUGAAAGACGAUAUAAUUGUAUAUACUUAAACUGUGUUUGCAAUUGCACAAACUAUUGUAUUUCUGCUGUUCAGUCUUUGUUUUUGUUUUUUGAGAUACCUUCUCUUUAACUUGCACUUAUUUCUCAUUCCAGUAAACUGACUUCAGCAUUGCUGCCUCUGGUCAAGCAGGUGGCUGCCUCUCAGAAUCCCACUUUUCCUUUGACAACUGUGUUCAUUAAAAUAUUCACUUCUGUAGAAAGAC